GUAUGUGACGAAUAUGUGACGAUCUCAUCGAUCUACAGAGGGUGUUCUCCGAUCUACUCCAAGAGAAACGGAACUAAGCGAGAAUAUAACGAAUAGAAGCAUAGUAAAUUAACAGCAAUUAAGAUUUUUAAGCAUUAUCUUUCAUAACAAUCCAAACAGGAAAUGUGAGAAAUGUGCUUAGCCAAACGGUGACGCACGUCAACAUCAGGUGCCUGGAGACUGAACACACAAACUCGCGUUAUGGAGGAUAGCAGCGGAUUAGAAAAAAUGGAUGUUGGUGUUUUAAACACUGAGCAGCAGGAAAAACUGCGCCAGUUUAAGAUCAAAACGAGGAUUGCUAAUGAAAAAUAUUUAAGAUCGCAUCCAGAGGUGGACAUGUUAUUAAGUGACUUCUUAAGAAACGUGUUUAUGAAAAGGCCUUCAGAUAUUCAUGAAUUUGCAGCAGAUCAUUUCAGUGACCCCGGACUGGCACAGAAAAUAAAAACUCUAAUGAAUAUCCCUGAUCAGUAAACAUCUGUAAAAGUGCAGAUUCAAACAUUAAAUUAAAUUGCAAAAUGCUAAUAUGUGUGCAUGAUAUAAUCUCUCUGUAUACAUUAAGCAGCUGUGUUUAAAAGCAUCUUCAGGCCCCCUUUGUUAUCAUCAGCUGCAAUUAUUGUGUUAUAUAACAGGAGAGAGGUCAGUCCAGGCUUUUGAUAAAUGAGUCCACUGGGAUGAAGAAAAAAUUGAACAAGUCUUACUGUUCUUCCAUAUGACCAGACAGUGUUCGGGCUGACAUUAGUAAUUAUUUCUGUUGUGGUAUUCUUACUGUGUUUAUUAUCUUGACAUAUAAAAAAAAACAUUAAAUAUAGUAUCGGUACAAACAAUAAAGAAAAGUGUUUAAGUUCUUCCUCUUUAAAGAAAAUAAAAUCAAUCUAGUAAAUCUG